AUGGCGCCCUCAAUCAACCUCCAAACCUACCCUCUGAGUCCAAGAUUCCAUCAUCUCUGCUCAAUCCGGCGCUCCAUCAAGCGCACCUACACUCUCGCCUUAAUCGCCGCCAUCCUACUCAUCCUAUAUCUCGCCCUACAAUCCCUAAUCCCAUCUCAACCGCCAAUACCCACCCUCCAAACAACCAAUCUAACCACGCCCCGCGCCCACUCGUCCAUCCGCAUCGCAAAAGCCACAAUCGCCUACGCGCCUUCAAACAGCGUAUACGCCCGCUCCCUCGCCCUACACGCCUCCCAAAGCUACGAAACACACGUCCUGCGCACGCCACUCGUCAAGGGCUUCGCAAAUACACUCUUGUGGCUGCAACACGUCAUCACGUCUGAACUGCUGAAGGACGAAAAUGAGAGGGCGGAAUGGAUACUGUUCUUCUCCCCGAGCGUUGUUGUGGCGAAUACGCUCAUCCCCCUACACACCUUCCUCCCGCCACUCGCAUCUCCGGAGUUCGAUCACAUCCACGUUCUCGGCACAAAGUCCGACGAUGGCGAGGAAAUGAACUGUGAGAUGUUCUUCAUGCGCGUUAGUCCGCUGUCGCUCAGACUCCUGGUUCUAGCUGUGGCGGCUGUUCAUGUCGAUGCACGGCGGGACUGGGGUAAGGAUAUUGUCGGCGCAGCACUGCAGUAUGUGCUCGAGCAAGACGAAUACAGGGAUAAAGUCGUGUGGCAGCCGGGGAAGUGGUAUGAUGGAGCUGGAGCAGCUUUUAUGCAGGUCAAAGGGUUGUUGGUGAUGCGGGGGGUGAUGCAGCGAGUGUAUGCUCCGGUGGAGGAAGUACCGAGUAAAGAUGAGAUUGGGGAGUUUUGGGAUACGUUUAGGAAUGCUACUCUGGUGCUGAGGGAGGCGGGAUACAGGGGACAUACCAGUGUGCAAGGGGAGUUUGCGGUUUGGGUGAGAGCGUUGAAGGAGUGGGUGGAGUUGAGGACAUGGGAUGUUGAGGGGAUUAGGGAGAGGAUGGAGGUGUUGAAGGGGAAGUUGGGGAUUGGAGAUAUUAUUGGAUAUGGGAUGAACUUUGGAUAA